AUGGAAUCUCCUGAGUUUGUGCUCACGGAUCAACAGAUCAAGGCUUUCAAAGACUGGGUCCAGUCCAAAGACUGCAAACCCCGUGUUUGGGACGCUCAAAGAUGGUUUCAGACCUCUCAACAAACCGAUAAUGUGUCCGAAGCCUCCCUCAGCGUGAUUCUUGACCCGCUCAUUGACGAAGCCAUUGAAGAUGCCAAUAAGGCUGUUGACGAACUUCCUGGUUUUGGUCUCCCGCUGGGGCAUAUGCCGCCCGAAGAGGAGCGUUUCCCAGUUCUAAUUGGAGUUCACAACUACGACUGGAAAGCCGCGACACUUCUCAUACGCGAAUGGUGGGAAAAAGUAUUCAAUCCCGAUAUCGCCAAUAAGUGGAAGCAAGAGGCUUUACAAAUGAACUGGGAAGAAUACCGCACAUACGCGGACUUUACACCUGCUAUGGCAGAUGCAUGUAUUGAUGAGCUGCGCAACAAGGCGGAUUUGUUCAAGAAGACAGGGCUCAUUCUCAUCUUCGACUACUCGUCUUGUGUCAUAAAGUCUGACAGCCUUGUCCCUGAAGGCUUGCGAAAUGCCCUCCGCACAGCAGCUGCGGUACUUGAAGACGUCCCAGAGGAGGAAAAAGACUGGCAUCCGGGGAGUACCCAUAAAGUGCUCGAUCUUGUUCACCCAUCUCUAUGGCCAUUCAUAUACGGCCGCACUCCCGUGUUGCUCGAGAAGCGGAUCAAUCUUGAGAACGCAUUGAGCCACUGUGGUGUUGGCACAGUUCUUCCAGCACCAAAGCCAAUAGAGAUUGCUGGCCCGGGGAGCGAUUGGUCAAGCCCCUUAGAGAUCCCCGUCCCUUCGCUCUCAUAUAAGUAUCAGUGGCUUCCAUGUGACGUUGUGCUAGAUGGUCAGACUGCGAGGAUCGACAGCUACAUAAACAACUUACACCCAGUGGAGCACGCGAACUUAUACCCCAUCAUCGAACGCUUCAUCGAGAAAUCUCUUCCAGCUUGGGAUGUCAUCUACCGCUGGCCAAAAGAGUUUGAGAUUCAACGCCUGAAAACAAGAGAAGCUAGAUCGGAAUGCACAACUAGCGAAAUUUGCGGUCAAAUUUAUACGUGCUAUCCGUGGAACCGGCCAAUUGACGAGGACGAGCCGCCGCGGGAUCAAAUGGAGCCUUGCACAGAAGAGUAUCGUACUUCUGAACGAUUCAAGCGUGACAUGGCGUGGCUAGUCGAGACUCACAAGUUGGAUUUGCCGGAACCAGUUCCUACCAGCGAUGACUAUUUUCGACUGAAACCAGCGGAUGUCAAAUCGAGCGGCUUCUUCAAUGGCACAUCUCGUAUUCAAGUCAUCGUCAAGCUUGCCAAUGUCCACCUUACACCAGAGGACCCAGAUUUCAAAUUUGAAGCAUCUAAAGAGCUUGCCGACUGGUAUACCUCCGCUGCCAAUGAUAGUGGGAAUGAUCCAGACCUGGAAGGAUCUUCCUAUAAGCCCGGUUCUUCAGAGGCUUCUCCAUCUGAUUCUGAGACCUCAUCCAGUGAGGGUCGGCCUUUGUCUCUGGACCUCUCCGACUAUCGUAGCGUAUACGUGGACAAUGAUCCUACCGAAUUCGAAGGCGGAUCAUGGCAUACUGAGGGAAUGUUGAAUGAGCGUAUAUGCGCCACUGCGCUUUUUUAUUACGACUCGGAAAACAUUACCGACUGCCAUUUGGAUUUCCGCACUCCAGCUGAUCGCGAAGAAUUGGUUGUCAACCUCAAUUAUGAGCAAAGCCAGCAUUUUCCGAUCGAAAGAACAUUCGCCAUCCCAAACACUAACCGUGACACGUUGCAGUAUGUUGGAGGUGUUUUGACUACAAACAGUCCCUCCACUGGAGACGCCGAUACUCGUGCCGUUUUCUUUCCAAACCUCCUUCAACAUCGUGUAUCACCGUUCCGUCUCAAGGACCCGACGCGACCAGGCCAUCGCAAAAUCCUUGCGCUUUUUCUAGUUGAUCCAGCGGUUCCCGUCAUUUCCACAGCCAAUGUGCCACCUCAACAGCGUCACUGGUGGGCUCAGGAAACCGGCGUCGAAGAGGCUCUGGCCGCACGACUACCCAACGAGUUGACGCAACUCAUCCUUGAUGAUUCAGCUGGGCUGCCUUUCGACUUGGAGGAAGCGAAAAGCAUUCGCCUUGAUCUAAUGGAUGAGAGAUCAAUGAAACAGGACAGUACGGAAGAGCAGCUCCAUACAGCGAAUUGGAACUUCUGUGAGCAUUGA